AUGAAAGCAUUUAAGGAAGAAGUAAGAUCCAACAUGCAGAAUCAAGGAGCCUCAAUUCAGAAUCUUGAAGCACAAGUUGGGUAUCACUCCAAGCAAGUACCCAUGCCCACUCACACAUUCUCUAGUGACACUAUGACUAAUCCAAGAGAAGAGUGUAAAGCCAUUACACUGAGAAGUGGAAAGAUAGUGAAGGAAGCAUCUUCAAUGGAACCACAAGAAGAGGAAGUUGAUAAGAACACAAGCAACAAAGAAGAAGAGAAAGCACCUGCACCCACUCCACCAAAGGAGAAAGAAAUUUUGAAGUCUUAUGUGUCAAAGGACUCUUACCCCCAAAGAUUGAGAAAGGAUGGAAAGGAUAACCAAUUCUCCAAGUUCUUGGAGAUAUUCAAGAAAUUUCAAAUCAACAUACCCUUUGCUGAAGCAUUGAAGCAGAUGCCCCUCUAUGCUAAGUUCUUGAAAGAACUUAUGGCCAAAAAGAGGAACUGGAGAAACAAGGAAACAGUGGUACUAACGGAAGAGUGUAUUGCUGUCAUCCAACAAAAACUACCUCAAAAGUUAAAGGAUCCUGGGAGCUUCCAAAACCCUUGUGUCAUAGGGGACAUCACUAUUGAAAAAGCUUUGUGCGAUUUGGGAGCUAGUAUUAACUUGAUGUCCUUAUCAAUAAUGAAGAAAAUGAGGAUCGAAGAAGCCAAACCAACAAGAAUGGCACUCCAGUUGACAGAUAGAUCAUUCAAGCUUCCUCAUGGGGCAGUGGAGGAUUUGCUAGUGAAUGUGUGA